AUGAUCGUCGCCGUGAAAGUGAUCGACACUGGAACGAUCCGAGAAGAUUACGUUUUCAAGAAUUUGACCCGAGAGGCAAGGCUUCUGUCGAAACUCCGUCAUCCGAACAUCGUGCGUCUCUACGAAACGAUUCAGUGCGGGUCGGUGUACUACUUGGUGUUAGAAUUGGCAACGGGAGGCGAUCUCUCGAGUCACAUAAAAAACCAGCCUCUGUGUCGUCUCGAUGAGAAAAUGGCAAAAGGUUACGGACGGCAGCUCGUCUCGGCCCUGGAACACAUGCAUUCCAGAGGAAUCGUCCAUAGAGAUCUCAAGAUGGAGAAUAUCAUGUUACAAGACCCUUGGAAAGAGAGAAUAAAAAUCGUCGAUUUCGGGCUAAGCAACAUGUACACCGGUGAGAGCCUGCUGAAAACACACUGCGGUUCGCCGGAGUACGCGGCGCCGGAACUGUUCGUAGUUGGCAAGAGAUACGGGCCGGAAGUUGACUUAUGGAGUUUGGGGGUCGUUUUCUACGCAAUGGCGACCGGUCGGCUCCCCUUUCAGAGUCCGCGGGACGGUCAGACGUCAUCUGAAGAACACAGGAGAAAACUCUUGGCGCAAAUCAACCGGGGCCUUACGCAGGCCCAGAAGAAGACCAUCGCCUCGAUGUCGGGCGAGUACAGGAACCUCGUUAAUCGUCUGCUAAUGCCCGCAGCUCACAAGCGGAUCACCAUUCAGGAACUUUGUUUUCAUCCCUGGAUCGCAAACAGGCUAAAGAACAUUGCCGUCAAGGCCUCGCAGGCCGAUCUUAUUGCUCUUGAACACAACACGAUUGUCGACGAGAUAGCCGAGGCUACGAACAGGGACAGAACUUUGAUCGAGCGAGACAUACUUCAGUCCAAGUACGGAGAGAUAGGUGGAAUGUACAAUAUCAAAGCUCACGUGAUGCGCCAAGUAGGAUCCUUCCAUGCCUUUAAGGCCAGGUCCUGGAUCACGACAUUGCAACCCGCCAGAUACACAAACGCUCAGAAUAACCAUACCGCCGAAAAUUCCAGCUCCGAGGCGCGGAAUGGCUUUCGAAAGAUCACUGCCUUCGAAGCUGGUGGCAUCCUCGAACGCAGGGUCCAGAGGUGGCGGCACGUGGACCCUGAAAAAUGCUGGAAUAACUUCUUCCGCCACAUGUCCAACUCAUGGAAAUCAAUCUGCGACAAUUAG